AUGGCGCAUAACUGCACAGCCCCAUGCACUGGCCCCUGUCAAAUCAUCUGGGAAGCUCAUGGGCACAUCUCCAAACACAUCUCUAGUGCGAGGAGGUCCCGGAAAGAGACACAACACAGGCAUUGGCCUGAGCAGCAGAGUGUGGCCAACCAUGGUCCAGCUAAGUGUGUAGAGGAAUCUCUUGUAGAAGAGAAUGGGGUCAAUGUAAGAAAGAAGCCGGGUGAGAGUGAGAAAAAGGAAGGGAAAGGGAUUGCAAGACCGGGUGACCUUCGUCAGGCCCCAGAAUUCCCCUUGGGACGUCCCGGAGGCCCUGGUUCCGGACUCUGCCGGGGCUCACCGGUGUCCUCGGCCCCGGAUGCUCGCGACCGCCUUCGGGACGCAUCCCGCAGCGCAUCGUUAGUCCGGGAGUCGGGACAUCCUCUCCGCCCUGCGGGACGCCGCCCCACCCAGGCCCGCGGCGCCACGCCCACCGGUGGGGGUCCCGGGUGGGGCCGGGGAUGCCCUCCCGCGGCCGCACCACCCCCAGCCGGCGGCCCGAGGGCUUCCCGAGGCCCGGAGCCCCGCCCGCCGCCCCUCCCCCGGCCGCCGCAGGCCCCGGGCCCCGCCGCCCCUCCCGGGCGCCGCCCGCCGAGGCCGCCUCUGCAGCUGGCCGUGCGGCCGGCCCGCGCCCGCCGCCGCGCGCUGAUUGGCUGA